AUGUUCUCCAUGCUCCGCCCGCGUGCACUUACUUCCGCCUUAAGAAAAAUGAAUACUGGUGGAAUGCAGUCGGUUAUGUUAUUUAAUCCCGAAGGUGUCCUUCUAGCAUAUACAAGUCUUGCUGGUGACAGUGAACGAUCUAAGGCAGCAAUUGCUGCUAAUAUUUGGAAUAUAUAUCAACGUCAGCUAGAAUCCAGUGAAUCGGAUACUGUUCAAGAAAUUAUCUUAGAAUUAUCCGAGGGUAGAUUAAUAAUCACACGUGUAGCCUCCGUCCUGCUUUGCCUGCAUGCUUCAAAGGAUGUUGGUCUUGGAAUGCUACGAGCCAAAAUGAAUGCUUUAGUGCAAAACUUACAAGAACCACUGAGUAUCAUUGCAGCCUCUUGA